AUGAGCGUUCGUCCGCUCCUGACCGCACUGAAUGCGAACAAGCAAUAUGCCCUCAAAAAACCAGAAUUUCACGCAGACCAUUUAGUCAUUGGAGGCGGUAUCGUUGGCCUCUCCGUUGCUAAGCGUCUCGGCUCAAAGUUCCCGGGCAAGUCUACGUACCUUGUGGAGCGGCACAACGCCUGCGGGGAAGAGACAAGUUUGUGUAUACGUGGACGAACACUCCUUUAUGAGCACUGUAAAACACAUAACGUCCCGCACCACAAGAUCGGCAAGCUGGUCGUCGCUCGGGAAGAGCAGCGGCCGUACAUCGAGAGCCUACACGCAAAAGCGCAGAAGAUAUCGUGGCCGGACUCCUCUUCGGCGGGCACUCCUGCUGUCCCCACCCAACUUAUCUCCGGUUCCCAAGCCCUAGAGAUGGAACCUGACCUCCAUCCAGAUAUCGUGGCCGCGCUAUGGAGCCCGGAGACUGGUAUCGUCGACUCGCACGCACUCAUGGAGAGCCUCGAGAAGGACAUCGGCGAAGCCUCGGGAAGUGAGAUCGUGUACUCGACCAAGGUCGUUCGCAUCGACCGCAACCCCGACGGGCCUGGGUGGGUCGUGCAGCUGGUUACCGGCGACGCGGAGGAAGGCGACGCAUUGCUCGCUCGCACCAUCAUCAAUUGCGCCGGCCUUUCCGCCCCCCUCGUCCUCAACUCUAUCCUCCCUGAGCAGGAACGUAUACCCAUGUUCUUCGCCCGCGGCUCCUAUGGUUCGUACCGCGGACCGGGAGUCAAGAACGUCUCCCACCUCAUAUACCCGUGCCCUGCGGUCGGCAAGGACAAGCACGCCUUCCAGUCGCUGGGAACCCAUCUUACGCUGGACAUGCAAGGCAAGAUCAAGUUCGGGCCGGACCUCGACUGGCUCAGUCCCCCGGAGGGCGACAACAACCCUGACUUCUGGCAGAAGCACCUCGUCGCCGACGAGUCCCGUAUAAAACCCAUGCUUGAGGCAGUUAGACAGUACCUGCCCAACAUCACCGAAGACGGACUUCAGCCUGACUACAGCGGCAUCCGCCCCAAGCUGGCAGGUCCGGGAAGCGGUUUUGAGGACUUCGUCUUCCGCCAGGAUAAGGCGACUGCGCACGGGGAGGGCGAGAUGAUCAGUCUCUUGGGGAUAGAGAGCCCUGGCUUGACGUCGGGUCUUGCGAUCGCGGAGCACGUAGUGGAUGGGAUGAUGGAAGGAGCGCGUGGAUAG